AGGAAGGAUCCCUAUUGUAUUGUGCCGACGUGUGGAGACUCCUCUGCGCUCACCCCUUCCAAGGCACGAAGGACAGUUUGUUGAGCUGGUGGGAGAUGAAGCCUCCUCUAACAGUAGUAACAGGUUGCUGCGACGAUUAAAUGGGCUUACUAGGCAGUGUGCUUGGAAGAGCAUCUGGAACAUAGUAAGCUCUAUAUAAGGUGCUUGCUGUUGCUGUCAUCAUCAUCAUCAUCGUCAUCGUAUCCGGCGUCAGCUGUGGGUGGAAGAGCAUGCCAGCAGAAGUGACAGCUUAUGUAAAGUUCUGAAAUGGCAUGGCAUCUUGGGGCAGAGGCAGGGAGACAGGGGCGGUUGGAAGAUGCGACAUCCUCCUCGUCUACGGCCCGGAUGCCAAGGAGUGGUGCCAAUACCUCCAGGACCUCUUUCUGUCCAGUCGGCAGGUGCGGAGCCAGAAGACGCUGACUUACAGGCUGAGCCCUGACGCCUCCUUCUCGGCCAAGGACCUGAACUUCUUCCUGAGCUCCCGCUGCGUCGUCGUGCUGCUGUCUGCCGAGCUGGUGCGGUGCUUCUGCCAGCCGGCCCUGCUGCCCCUGCUGCAGAGAGCCUUCCACCCUCCCCAGCGCAUGGUGCGGCUGCUCUGCGGGGUGCAGGACGGCCCGGAGUUCCUGGACUACUUUCCGGACUGGGUGCACUGGCAGGAGCUCACCUGUGACGACGAGCCCGAGACUUACGUGGCAGCGGUGAAGAAGGCCAUUUCCGAAGAUUCUGGCUGUGACUCAGUCACCGACACCGAGACGGAGGACGAGAAGGUCCCUUCCUACUUGAAGCAGCAGAACCUGCCGCUGCAGACUUCACCUGGGAACCUGAUGGUGGUGCAGCCGGACCGUAUUCGCUGUGGGGUGGAAACCACUGUCUACGUCAUUGUGAGAUGUAAGUUGGAUGAGAGGGUGACAACAGAAGCAGAAUUUUCUCCUGAGGAUUCUCCCUCAGUCAGGGUGGAAGCCAAGCUGGAGAAUGAAUACACCGUUUCCGUGAAAGCCCCCAGCCUUUCAUCUGGGAAUGUUUCCUUGAAGAUCUAUUCUGGGGAUUUAGUGGUGUGUGAAACUGUGAUCAUCUAUUAUACUGACAUGGAAGAAAUUGGGAAUUUAUUGUCCAAUGCUGCAAAUCCCGUGGAGUUCAUGUGUCAGGCCUUUAAAAUUGUGCCCUACAACACAGAGACCCUUGAUAAACUGCUCACUGAGUCCCUGAAGAAUAAUAUCCCUGCGAGUGGACUACACCUCUUUGGAAUUAACCAGCUGGAAGAAGAAGAUAUGAUGACAACGGCCUUCAGGACGCUGUACAGCACUUCCUCAGGAAGACCUCUCGGAACCUUCGAUCAGAGGGAUGAAGAGCUGCCCACCCUGCUGCAUUUUGCUGCGAAGUACGGACUGAAGAACCUCACCGCCUUGUUGCUCACCUGCCCGGGAGCCCUACAGGCGUACAGUGUGGCCAACAAGCAUGGCCACUAUCCCAACACCAUUGCUGAGAAACACGGCUUCAGGGACCUGCGGCAGUUCAUCGACGAGUAUGUGGUAAGGUCAAGGCGGGAGAGGCCCCAGGAAUGGAAAUGCACUCUGUGGUCCUAGGGCUUACCUGUUUGCUAGAGACACGGUUGGAUUUCAUCCCUAGCGUGUGCCCCUUUGCCUCUUCUCUGGCAGGGCCAGUAUGUGUGGG